AUGUCGCACCCACAAAAGAAGCUUAAAGUAGCUGUCAUCGGACCCAAAGGGCAGUGCGGCUCCUGCGUCGUCGAUGAACUCCUGUCCAGGGGCCAUUCUGUCGUGGGCAUCUCCCGCAACCCACCGCAAAAAUGGGCGACCGAGGGCGACUACAAACCGCACGCCGUCGACCUCCACGACACGGACCGGUUCGCCCAGGCCCUCUCCCAGGACUACGACGCCAUCGUCUGCGCGUAUGGGCCCCCCAUAUCUAAGCUCCGCGAGAUUUAUGAGCGCUGCGUGGAGGACCACGCCAAGAUCAAAGAAGCGGUUCUCGAAUCGACGCAUUCUGGGGAAUUUAUCGUAAUUGGAGGGGCUGGUUCCCUGCAUACCUCCAAGGGGAAGCAGCUACUUGAAACCGAUGGGUUCGCAUACGCUUGGUGGUACGGAUGGCCCGAAAAGCACCUCGAAUAUAUGACAGUCCGUGCUACGGACCACGGCGCAACGGGCUUCGCAAACCUAAUUAGACUGUUCAGAUGGGCCCGGAACAAUGUUGAGCGCCCGGGUUGGUUCUCGUGGAUCCUGCGGCCGUUUGCCCGGUUGCUGCUCUGGCGAAUAAAAAAGAUCAUGGUGGACAGGCCCGCGCAGGGCCUGAUCACGGGCUCCCGGAUAGCCUUGAACAUGUGGCUGGGUGUCAGGGACAAGAAGUGGUCUUUUCUGUCGCCGCCGGGGCUCCUCCGUGACAAGGGGAUCCGCACGGGGGAGUACAAGGUCUACCUUGAUUCGAAAGAGACACCAGCAGACGACGCUGUUGAUGGUGGUAUCUAUAAUGAAGACAUGGCAGUUGCGAUCGUGGAUGAGGUUGAGAAGGGGCAGCUGGCUUACAAGCAUUGGUCCUGCACUGGCCCCAUAGAUGUUAAAGGCCAAAGAUGGUAG